GCACACACUUCGAAUUCAGAUCACGAAUACACCGCGUCGUUUGUUAGUUUUCCGUCAAACGAUAUCACAGUAUGAUACUAACGUGAGUUUAAGUUCUAACGAUGAUUACGACGGGGAAAUACAUUGACGUUAUGUGAUGUUAGUGCGACAGUGAAAAUCGAAAACUGUCGCUUUUCUCUUAUUGGUUUCUCUUUGAAUGUUCUCUGGAUUGAUGAGUCACCUUUGAAAUAAUGACGGAAUGAAUGCAAUCUUCUUCUACCUUCCGCUUUUUUUGAUAUCGGCUCGCGGCGAAUAUCCCAAUAAUCAUGAUCAUUGCCAAAGCCGAAUUCUUCCUAACCCAACCAUUCCAACCCGACUGAACAUAAACUUAAAUUAUCUUCUAGUAGAUAUAAAUAAAAAGUUUGGGAAACUGAAUAAUAUAACAGCGUUGUCUAGAGAAAUCCUCCAGAACGAUAAAGUACUGGGCGUUAUUUUUUUCUCUAACGCGCAUAAUUUGUUGGCUUUAAACGUUUCGAAGAGACUGAAGAUUUUCUAUAAUAGAACUGCAGAGACGGAAACAUUUCGGGAAUCCCUUAAUGUUACGAAAAAUGGAUGGGGGAAGGCUUUUAAAGACUGUGAUUUUUUGAAAACGUGGGUUUACCCGUUUACCUUUACAACUUUCAAUACAACUAUAGGGUUGUUUAUACAAGUCGACUUAAAUCAAUGUGAUGAUGGACUCGCUGACAUAUUUAAUGGUAGUCAUAACUGUAAUAGAGAAACAAUGCUAUGUUUACGAAAUGGACCUCCAACGGAAAAGAAUGGAAAUUAUCGAUGCGUUUGUCAAAAAGGAUACUACAAUCGCAGAGAUAAUUUUUCGUGGAAUGGUGAAGAUAUAGAAAUCAGAAGUAUUGAUAUUCCUCGAUGUAUACCGUGUCCUGAAGGAUGUCAGUUCUGCGAUCCAUCCGGAGUUUGCGGAACUCGACAGGACGUUUAUUUGAAAACCGUCAUCUUGUGUAUACAACUCAUCUGCAUGGCAAUUACCGUCAUUUUGGGCUUAAUAGUGUUUAAGCAACGUAAAACGAAGGCUAUUGCUUCUAGUAUGUGGAAAAUUCUAGAGACCAUUCUAUUGGGUAUCUUCAUAUUAUAUGCAACGGCGGUAGUUAAAUCAUUCGAACCGUCCGUUGUGCAAUGUCUUUUGGAACCGUGGGUUCGAGAAGUUGGUUUCAUCAUUUGCUACGGCGCCAUCAUUUUGAAAUUGUACAGACAUCUGAUAGAAUUCCGAACGAGAAAAGCUCACAGAUGGGUAGUCAAAGAUACAGAUCUACUCAAGUAUCUUCUCAUUAUGAGCAUGUCGGUUCUGGCAUACAUGGCCGCAUAUACGUCCAUAACUCUCAACUUUAUCCAAGAGAAUUAUAGUCUCCUGUUUCUAGGAAGGACUUUACAUGGAGAGCGUUAUUAUGCUUGUAAGUCGCUGUGGUGGGAUUACGUAACGGAAAUCGGAGAACUGGUUAUAUUAAUAUUCGGUAUACAUCUCAGCUAUGCCAGCAGAAAUGCUAGAACUCAGUUUCACGAACGAACAUUUUUAUGCGCAGCAAUAAGUUUGGAAUUAGCUUCUAGUACAUUAUUCUACGUAGCUCGUAUCCUUAUCCUGCCCGGGCUUCAUCCAGAUUUAGUUCUAAUAAUAUAUUGUAUAAGAACUCAAAUAUCUCAAACGAUGGCGCUGUUAUUGAUUUUCGUCCCGAAAUUCUGGUAUCAACAGAAACAAGUUAGAAAUUUAGCACAAGAAUAUUCAUGUCGACUUCCUGUGGAUGCAUUCAAGGAUGUGAAUGCGCACGGUCCUCUAACGGGCAACAAUAGCGAUGUUGAAGUAGGAGAAGUAACCCUUGCCGAUAUGAGUCCCGACGAUAUAAGAGCCGAAUUGAAGAGGCUCUAUCUUCAAUUGGAGAUAUUCAAAAGCAAAACUUUAUGCAGGGAUAAUCCUCACAUAUCGAAGAGGCGCGGAGGAAGGAAAGCCCAGCAUCGAAGAUUCAGCCUACAGAAAAAAGGAAGCAGAGAGAAGAAUUUGCAUGGAAAACACAAAGAAAAAGAUAAAUACAAACAACAAGAAGAAAUAACCGAAGCAGAACCAUCCAGAACUCCUGAAGAUUCGGUGUGUAGUAAUGAAGGUCCCAGCGCUAUUUACGCUGAUUUACCAUCUAUUACAACACACAGCGAUCACAAAUAAUUUUAAUUCUUGUUAACAAUACAUAUACAGAGUUUUUCUUAUGUACGAAUUUAUGAAUAUUCUUUUGUAAUAGCUUAUCCAUCCCAAAUAGACCUACCAGCAAUAUUUCGGCUAUUUUUCAACAUCAUCAAAAUUGAGCUCUUCGUUGUUACCAAAACUCUUGCCUAAGGAUAGUAGGUGUUAAUCUUUGAGGGCUGUAGGAUGGAUAUAAGGCUGUAAGAUUGAAUAUGAGAGACCUCCAAACACACAAAGUAUGAGGUACCUUGACAUUACUUAAAAGAACGUUCAGUUACUACAAGGUGUUGUUAUUUGUGAGGCGUAUGGUUUAAUCGACUAGAAUUACACGUUUUUGAUUAAUCAUGGCUUACAAGUAAUCUUAUCACUUUUCUGGUUCGACAUGUCACAUUUUUUGUAAUGUUUCACGCAAUGUUUUUUACAUUUAAUAACUGACCGAAACUCGCAGACUAAGAGAAAAGAGCAUCUGGUAUGAAACGAAAACUAUUCAUUUAAAAUAAAUCUAUUACGGCUAAUUACGUUCGAUGCCUCGAUAAUUUUUUACGGACAAACCGUUAAUAUUAUGAAUCUAGUUGUUUUUGUAUAACCUUUAUUAACAUUUACAUUAUCUUUACAAAUUUUUUGAAGUCAAAAUAUAUUAUAGAAUAAAAGUUAUGGUGGAAGGAAGACAUCAAGUAAAAGAGCUGCUUGUCGGUGACCAAAAUUGCGGCUAUUCUGCUUAUCCGAAAAUUUCGAAAAUUAACUUUUUUUAUACACUUUUGAAAAUUACAUUCUAUUUUUUCGCUAGUAGAAAAAAAACUAUCGAAGCAAUCAAGAUAAUCCUAGUUCAAUAGCUGGAUUAUAACACAUUAAAGAUGCUGUAUAAAUUAAUAAAUUUAAUCGUCCUCGUAUAUGUAGCAGUGAGAAUUUUUUUGUAGUUUCGCGCAUACAAACUCAGCAUUCUUAAUCUAGUUGUAUUCAGAGAGAAAUCUGAUUUGAUUGACAUUAUUUUAGCUCAGAACUACCAUAAGAGAUUUUGAUAUCAGAUUAGAAUAUACUUCUCCUUAUAGAAAAGUUUUUGUUGCCCGAAUACUCUGUAUAUCAUAUUUAUAAAACCUAACGAAAUAAAAUUAUUGUACCUGAUUUAUUUCUUACAAUUUUUUUCUGAAAAUUGAACUAAUCGAUAUUUGUUUUGCCUAAUAUUUUGUAUUUUUGUUCAUUUCUAGUAAUGUAACAAUAAUAAAAUCCCACUAAAGCUAGUUUUGCAAUGCAAUGUUGCCGUUUUUAUAAGUGGAACCAUACUUUUUCGGAAACAUUGUACGUCGCAAAAUACUAUGUAUUAAACUCCAAGUUUUAAGUAUCAAAAUGGCUGUCGUUCAGUAAGAAAUAGUGCUACUAAGCUCGUCAUUAUUGACUAUCUCGUUUUUUUAAUUUAUAAUAUUGAAAAAAAGAUUCUAGAAGCCGGUUAGGUGGUCGAUGUCUGAUGGCCACGGCGUUUCAUUAACGAAAUUUUAUUGACGUGUGUUAUUCUGUUUAAAAAGGAAUUGCAAUUGUCAAUUUAGAUAAGGCAGUAAGAUGAUUUUUAGUACAUCAUCACCGUAACCUCGAAUGAAUAUAAGUGAUGAUCAACUACCAUAAAAGAUAAUGACCCAAACCAUCACAUCAUCUUGCGCACAUUUCUCUAUACAACAAACCUAAACACCAUUGCACAGAUACCGUUCUUUGCACCAGCUCUAGCUUAGGAAACAUGUCCUAUAGUCAAAGAACGGCGUGAAAAGUAGUGUACGCAUUUACCAAAUGAUUGAUCAGCAAUUUGAGGUCUGGUGGCAAAACCGUCGCACAGAGUUAGUCGCUUUAAGCAUUUUGUUACGUUAAUCAGAAGUAGAUAAACAAAAUAUCUGGACUAUUCGGCUUUCAUAGAAGGAUGAAAUAUAGAAAAGUUGAUUUUAUGAAAAUAGUGAAAGAUAAAACGUUGUAACACUGAUUAACGAGUUGGUAAUUUUGUGUAUGUUUGUGAGACGUUGUAAAAUUGUUUAUAAUUUCCGUUCUGCUUAAAUUAUUACUAAAAAGUCUGACAACGUUGUUUGAUUGUGACCUCAAACUACUUGUAUCAAUUUUUCUAGUGUUAUACGUUUUUUAAACUAUUAAAGUUGAUUAAAAUCUUUCAUACUUAUUUGAAUAUUCGAAAUUGUUUAAAAUACGUUGAUCAUCUGGUAUUUUUGCUUUCCCUUCAAACAACUUUAAUAACUUGACUGCAGAUAAAAUCGUAGUUUACUAAUCAAUUUUGAAUAAUAGUCACAUCAAAUCUUUAUGGUGUCACAAAUUCUUCGCUAUCAUUUUUUCUUCAUUCCGCUACCUUCUUCUCGUUCUCACUAUUUCUGUUCUCUAUUCUUUAAUUUCUUCUUCAUUAUAUUUGAUUCUCAUAUUCUUAUUUUUCUUGGUUUCAUUGGAUCUUCAUCUUUUGCUCUAAAUCUUCUCGACAAUCUCUUGUAUCUAAUUUUAUUGUAUUCAGUUUAAUGUACAAAAGUCGCAGCCAGAAAAUUUUAUGUCAAUUUCUUAGACAUUUGUUAGUUUGGUUUUACUUUUAUCUUUUAGUACUACACUCCAUAGUACUAGCUGAGUUAUCUAUAAGUACUAGAUCAUAAGUUUCUACUAGUAUAAUCCCGAAUAAUCGUGAAAAGUAUUUUAUCACAUGGAAAAUCAUUAAUAUGUCUUUCUUGUUGCUGUACCUUCUCAAGAUACCGCUGGGAAUGUUCAACUAGGUUCUCGCGGAUUGGAGUCGCUCAAAUAUCUCGACAUCGUCCCCGUUUUUUAAAGUAAUCCUGUGGAAAAACUUUCGAGGGUUCAAUUUCAAACUUCUAGGCGACGAAGUUAUAACACCAUUCCUAUCUUUACGUUUGAAACUAAGUUUGUUAACAAAUGCAUCUGGUUUCAAGAAAUUAUUAAGCAUGUCAGUUUAUCUAGAAGCACUUUCAUUGGAGGUUCUCAAAGCACCAGAAGGACACUGUCAUUGUCGAUGUACAUUUGUGUAGGUGGAGAUGAAAUAUCUUAGGACGUACUAUACAUUUCUUAAUCAUCUCUUCAAUUAAUCAGUAUUAAAACCAGUUCUGUAGCUUAUAAAAUGUGCAGUACAGAAGUGCUUUGUUAGUUGCCUAUAUUUUGACAUUUUGGAAAAACAAGGACUUGACCCGUAGAUGAAGUGGCCACGUGGUUUCAAGAACGCGAGUGGUGAAGUUGAAAGUUGUCUGAAAAGACUUUCAAUAAAAAAAAAUAAUUAGUGAUAAGAACCUGUUGCAAAAGAAGGAGAAUCCUAAUUAAAUUAAUUACAACCAGCAGCUUGCAAAAUAUGUCCGAUAGAAAGGACGUAAUCAUAAGAAAUAAAGAAGAAUUAGAAAAAUCUUCUGGAAAGUUGUAAAAUGGUGGAAAGAACGAAUCGUAAAAGUUCAGCAAAUAUUUAUUACAAUGAUGAAACAACGAUGGAUGGAUUAAUUAAUAUAAGAAAAGGCAAAAGAAAGAUGGAUCGAUCUGUCGGAUGGAAAAAGAAAAGAAUAGAUACAGAGAAUAACCGGCAAUUAAGAAAAGUUAUAAAACAUUUUAUUGUGUUUAAUUGAGACAGAAUAUUAUAUAGAUGAAGUGAAGAUACUAGCUUCGUUUCCAGUAGAUAAUUUCAACACAUUCCGAAUGUAUUUUGAAUAUCUUUUGGAUGUGUAAAAAGCGCAAGCUUGGUUUUGAUUUAAAAUUCUCCCACGAACGAUUUAUAAACAUCUAAAAUAUAUAAUUUGGAUUCAAAACUAGCUAGGAGAAUAAGAUAUAUUACUAGUAUUGAAUGGAUGAAGAUUUAUUCUGGAUAUUUGUAACAAUAAAGUCAAUUACGACGGUUAUUUCUUGGUAAAUAUCACAAAUAGGAUGAAUGCACAUGCGCCGGAUUGAGAAUCCUUAUUCAAGUCCGAGGAUACAUUGGAUUUAUUCAGAACACGUUCUGAAUUCGAAAUUUCUUCUCCACGAACAUGUUUUUCGCACAAUUGCGGAUGAAUCUGGUGACAGAACAUGUUCAGGAUAACUAUCACGAACAGAGAUACUGAAAAACAAAAUUAAUCUAAGAAACCUUGAAGAUAAAAUUUAUUUUGAAACGAAUCUCACAAAAAUAGGAAAAGAAAAGGAUAAAAGAAUAUAAAAAAUAGGAUGGAACAAAGAUAAAACGAGGUUAUAAUACAAUUUUUAUGAUUACGUUUCUCGGAAAAUGAUUUCGACGAUUUCCAUUAUAUGAUGUGACGACUUUUGAAACUGAGUUUGUUAAAAAAUAUUUUUGAUAUCAAGAAAUUAUUAAGCAUGUCAUUUUAUCUAUGAGCACUUUUAUGGGGGGUUCUCAAAGUACCAAAUACCACAGAAGGACGAAAAAAAUUUAGGAAAGAUACUGAAAAACAAAAUUAAUCUAAAAAAACUUGAAGAUAAAAUUUAUAUUGGAACGAAUAUCACAAAAAUAGAAAAUAAAAGUAUAAAAGAAUAUAAAAAACAGCUAAACAAGAAGGAACAAAGAUAAAGAAAUAAAAAUAUGUUAUAGAAAAGUACUAGUAAAUGGAAAACUAUUGAAGUGGGAUAAACAGCAACAAGAAACUGGGUUUUUAAAAAAAGAUUCAGGAGUAUGUAUUGUACCAAACAAAAAUAUUGUCAAUGAAUUGAAAAAGUUUACUUCAAACUUUAUUUUCAUUUGAAUGGAAGAAACAAAAAGUUACGCUUUUAUCUGCUAUCAAGCCGAAAUUGCUUUUAAAAGUUUUCCCAAAUGCUUCUCGAUGAUAGCUUGAAAAAAAAUUAAUCUUAAGCUUAGAAAAUGUAGAUGCUUACUACGAUUGUCCUGGCACUACUAUUUGUUUUUGUAGAAUAAGUUUUUUAAAAAAAAUAUGGGACCAAAAUAGUCCUUUAUUAAAAUGAAUGUUAUCAAUUUGAAAAAAUGUGAAUUUACGUAAAAUAAUUAUCAAAUAUACUAAGUUUCCUACAAAAUAAUAAAAUUAGUUUUAUUUAUAAAUGCCAACGUUGUUAAAACGGUUAAAAACAAUUUCAAACAGGUUCACCGUUCAAACCUGUUUGUUCAUAUUUAUUUUUUCUUCGAAUUUAACUACAAUUCACAUUUUUUCGUGAAUAAAUCAAACUAUUGAAUAAUAUUAAUUAUGUUUGUAAAUAUUUGUAACCCUUG